AUGCAGAAAAGGGAAUUUGCCAUCAAGAUGUUGCUCCUGCUGCUUCCGCUGCUCCCCAAUCUGGUGUCCCAAGUACAAAGUGUUAAAUGCACAACUAAUAAUCCUGUCCAUGUCCAGUACGAGUGGCAUGAGACAGGUGACCUGGUCAUUGGUGCAAUGGUAUCUCAUCUCUAUUACAUAGUCCCCGAAUUAUUCUUCAAGAAACACCCUUCCCAGGUCGUCAUUGAUACUCCACUGGUGGUGACAAAGUUCUACCAGCACAUCCUUGCUUUGGUGUUUGCUAUUGAUGAGAUCAACGAGAAUCCCAGGAUGUUGCCCAAUGUCUCUCUUGGGUUCCACAUCUAUGACAGCUAUUAUGAUUCCAAGAUAACCUACCAAAACACUCUGGACCUGAUCUUUAAAUCACAUCACUUUGUUCCCAACUACAGAUGUGGCAUCCAGAAAAAUGUAAUAGGAAUCAUUGGGGGACUUAGCUCUGAUACUUCCUGGUGCAUGGCAAACAUCUUAGGUCUUUUCAAGAUUCCACAGAUUUCAUAUGGUUCAUUUGAACCAGCCAUAAAUGAUGGAACCAAGAUCCCUUCCUUUUACCGCAUGGUCCCCAACGAAGACCUUCAGUAUCGGGGAAUUAUCCUGUUACUUCUGCAUUUCGGAUGGAAAUGGGUGGGGCUCAUCACUCCAGCUAACGAAGCGGGGGAACGUUUCUUACAGACAAUUGAAAAACUGUUUUUCCAGAAUGGAAUCUGUUCGGCAUUCACAGAAAGAGUGGAAUUCAAUUUAAAUUAUAAGAGUAACAAACUAGAAAUGAUAGACAAAAGGGUUUUGUUUUCAACUUUAACAAGCUACAAAGCCAAUGCAGUUCUUGUAUAUGGAGAAAGUAGAUUUAUUAUAUGGUUGUCAAAUAUUUUAAGUUUAAUGGAGUUUACUCAGCUACUAUUUCCUCGAGAGAAGUCACAUGAAGGAAAAGUAUGGAUUACAACUGCCCAAAUUGAUUUCAUAUUAGAUAGCCUUCAAAAAAUUAUUGAUAUUAAUAUACGAAUGUACCAUGGUGCGAUAUCCUUUGCAAUUCACUUCAAAGAGAUUCACAGCUUUAAAGACUUUCUUCAGAGUAUACGUCCUCAUUGGACAGACACAGAUGGUUUUAUUAAAGAUUUUUGGGAAGAUGCAUUCAGUUGUUCACUUUCAAAUGCCACUCUCUCAACAAACAUGUGUACUGGAGAGGAGAUGCUGGAGAGCCUCCUGGCACCGUAUUUUGAAAUGAGCAUGACCGGCCAUAGCUACAAUAUCUAUAAUGCUGUCUAUGCUUUGGCGCAUGCCUUGAAUAGCAAACACUUGGGUAGAACCAUCCAUAAAGGAAGAGAGGCUAUGGAAAAAAUCUCUCCUCAAUAUGUAGAACCUUGGCAGCUGCACUCAUUCCUGCAGAGAAUCUCAUUCAACAACAGUGCUGGGGAUGAAAUUGCAUUAAAUGAAAAUGGAGAGUUAGCAGUUGGCCUUGAUAUUACCAACUUGGUCACUUUCCCAAAUAGAUCAUACAUCAGAGUCAAAGUGGGAAGGCUGGAUCCUCAGGCCCCUCCUGGCAAAGAGCUCACCAUUAAUGAGGACAGAAUCAAAUGGCACAGAGCCUUCACUCAGUUUUGCUGCUAUGAUUGUGAUCCAUGUCCAGAAGGAAUGAUCUCAAAUGAGAAAGACAUGGAAACAUGUGUCAGUUGCCCAGCAGAUCAGUAUCCAAACAAUGACCAGGAUCUAUGCAUUCCUAAGAUUCCAAACUUCCUAUCCUUUGAUGAAACCCUGGCCAUUGUUUCAACUUCCUCUGCACUUCUAUUCUCUCUGAUCACAAUUCUGGUGCUUGGCAUCUUCAUUAAGCAUCGCAAUACAGCCAUAGUCAAAGCCAACAACCGAAGCCUCACCUAUGUUCUCCUUAUCUCCCUCCUCUUGUGUUUCCUCUCUUCUUUGUUGUUCAUCGGAAAACCUAAUAAGGUGACCUGCCUUCUCCGACAAAACGCUUUUGGCAUUGUCUUCUCUGUGGCCCUCUCCAGCAUCUUAGCCAAAACCAUAUUGGUGGUUUUAGCAUUCAUGGCUACCAAACCAGGAACCAAUAUAAGGAAAUGGGUAGGCAAAGAACUGGCUUAUUCCAUUGUCUUUUCCAGCUCCAUUGUUCAAGUUGGGAUCUGUGUCCUCUGGCUGGCAACCUCUCCCCCAUUCCCAGAUGUGGACAUGCACUCAGUGAUGGGAGAAAUCAUAUUUCUUUGUAAUGAAGGGUCAGUCCUCAUAUUCUAUUGUGUUUUGGGCUACAUGGGCUUCCAGGCCACUGUCAGCUUCACGGUGGCCUUUGUAGCCAGGAAGUUGCCUGACACUUUCAACGAAGCCAAGUUCAUCACCUUCAGCAUGCUGGUCUUCUGCAGCGUUUGGCUCUCCUUCAUUCCAACCUACCUGAGCACCAGAGGAAAAUACAUGGUGGCUGUGGAGAUCUUCUCCAUCUUUGCUUCUGGUGCUGGGUUACUGGCUUGCAUUUUUGCCCCUAAAUGCUACAUUAUUGUGGUGAGGCCUGACCUGAACAAAAGAGAGCAGCUGGCCCAAAGAAAGGUAUAA